GUCGUCGCGGACUCGAGGAAGCAAGCAUUCAGGCUCGUCCCUGCAAUUUGCACGGAACCCCUCGCACUUCCUAAUCCUCCCAAACCCCUCCUACUCCGAUCCCCUCCGCUCCCCCAUUCUCGCGCGACACGAAACCCUAGCCCCCCGCGAUUCGCUCGUCGGAGAGGGUGGGAGGGCUCGCCGGCGCUGAUCUGAUGGAGGUGAAGCUGUGGAAUGACAAGCGGGAGCGGGAGCUCCUGGAGAGCUACGCCGACCUGUACGCGAUCAUCAAGGCCACAGAGAAGCUGGAGCGCGCCUACGUCCGCGACCUCGUCUCCGCCGCCGACUACGAGGCCGAGUGCCUCAAGCUCAUCUCCCAGUUCAACUCCCUCUCUUCCUCGCUCGCCGGCAUCGUCACCGUCCCGCGCUUCGUCCAGGCCUACCGCCUCGACUGCCCCGCCGCGCUCAACCGCCUCCUCCAGUCCGGCGUCCCGGCCACCGUCGAGCUCCGCGCCACCGCCUCCGCGUCUUCCUCCGCUCCGGCCUCGACCGCGGCCUCCGCCACCGCCAUCGCCCAGUGCGUCCAGAGCUUCAUCACCGCCAUGGAUGCCGUCAAGCUCAACAUGCUCGCCAACGACCAGGUCCGCCCGCUGUUGCAGGACCUCUCGACCUCCAUGGGGAGGCUGGGUCCCUUGCUUCCACCGGACUUUGAGGGGAAGGUCAAGGUGAACGAUUGGCUCGCCAAGCUACAUAAGAUGGGGGCGGCAGAUGAGCUCACCGAGCAGCAGGCCAGGCAGCUCAACUUCGACCUGGACUCGGCGUACAGUACGUUCUUGGCUGCCCUGCCCUCUGCUGGACUGUGAGCAAGGAUCCGCUUGGUUCCUAGUUGGUUUGUUCAUUCGUUAUGCUUUUGACUGUGCAUCACAACUGUAGUGCUAUAGAUAUAUGUAUUUCGUUCGUGCUAUAUUGGUUGUCAAUAAGAAAGUUGCCAAUUGUGAUGAA